GUCUCCAUUGUUGAUAAAAUGUCCUCUCAGUCUGAAAAGGAUCUCUGCUGUCCCGUCUGCUACGACAUCUUCAGAGAUCCCAUCAUCCUCUCAUGCAGCCACAGCUUCUGCAAAGACUGUCUGCAGACGUGGUGGAGGGAGAAUCCAGUGCACACCUGCCCGCUUUGUAAGAAGACAAACCUGUUAGAGGAUCCUCCCUGUAACCUGGUGUUGAAGAACCUGUGUGAGGCCUUCUUACUGCAGAGAGAUCUCAAAGCUUCUGCAGAGUCUGAGCCUCUCUGCAGUCUGCACUCUGAGAAACUCAGACUCUUCUGCCUGGAUCAUCAGCAGCCAGCGUGUGUCGUCUGUCGGGAUUCAAAAGCACACAAAAACCACAAGUUCAGCCCAAUUGAUGAAGCUGCACAGGAUCACAGAAAGGAGCUCCAGAGACGUCUGAAGCCCUUACAGGAUAAACUGGAAAUCUUUCAACAUGCUAAAGGAAACUUUGUUCAGACAGCAGAACACAUUAAGGUCCAGGCCCAGCAGACAGAGAGGCAGAUUAAGGAGCAGUUUAAGAAGUUUCAGCAGUUUCUGCAAAAUGAAGAGGAGGCCAGGAUCACUGCUCUGAGGGAGGAAGAGGGGCAGAAGUUGAGUAAGAUGAAGAAGAAAAUUGAGUCUCUGAGCAGAGAGAUAGAAACUCUUUCAGAAACAAUCCGAGCCACAGAGGAGCAGCUGAGAGGCAAAGAUGUCCCCUUCCUGCAGAACUACAGGGCUGCAGUGAACAGAGCCCAGCAGCACCCCCUGCUGGAUGAUCCACAGCUGGUCUCAGGAGCUCUGAUAGAUGUCGCCAAACAUGUGGGUAACCUGGCCUAUAACAUCUGGAACAAAAUGAAGGAGAUGGUAUCCUACAGUCCUGUGAUCCUGGAUCCAAACACGGCUGAAGCUCACCUCAUCCUCUCUGAAGAUCUGACCAGUGUGAGUCUCGGAGAGAGGCAGCAGCUUCCUGCCAACCCAGAGAGAAUUGAUUCACACCACUGUGUCCUGACCUCUGAGGGCUUCGACUCAGGGAUUCACUGCUGGGAUGUUGAGAUCAGAAAUGAUCAGAAUCGAUUCUGGGCAAUUGGUGUGGUAAAGGAGUCUUUUCGGAGACAAGGAAUAGUACAGACUGGAUACUGGGAAUUAUGUCUCCUUGAUGGCAAAUACACAGCAUCCACCCCUCCACCUCCAUUUAAAGCUCUGUCAGUGAAGAAGCUGCAGAGGGUCCGAGUCCAGCUGGACUGCGACAGAGGGAAGCUCUCCUUCUUCGAUCUGGACACCAACACACACAUUCACACCUUCAAGCUCAGCUUCACCGAGAAGCUCUUUCCAUACUUUGGAAACCACAACAAGCUACCCCUGCAGAUCUCAGCAGUGCCUGUAAGAGUGGAGCAGCACACAGCCCCUCUGCCAACAGGACUUUGGUUUAGUUAG